AUGAGUAGCGUUGUAGGUAUCGAUAUAGGAAAUAAAAAUUGUGUGCUCGGAGUACCUUCGACACAUGGUGUAGAUGUUGUUUCCAAUCAAUCAUCAAACAGAUUAACGCCAACAAUGGUAACAUAUUCAAAUGAACGGCGUUACGCUGGAGAGCUUAGCUUUCAGCAUCAAUCAGAGUUUUAUAAAUCAACAAUAACAAAUCUCAAGCAUUUAAUAGGGUUAAAAUACGAUUCAGAGGAUCGUGAAAAAUUAGAAAAAUUAAUUACAUUCAAAUUAGUUAAAUUAGACGAUGGCUUUACAGGAAUAUCUGUAGAGUACAAAGACACAGAAAUUAUUCUUAAGCCAGAGCAAUGCAUCGCUUAUUUACUUAAAGAUCUUAUUCAAAUUGCCAAAACAGCCAAUUCUAAUGUCUCCAAGGCUGUUGUUUCUGUUUCUCCAUGGUGGACUGACUAUCAUCGUAGAACAUUACUUAACGCUGUUAAAAUUGGAAAAAUUGAUUGCCUUUCGCUCGUAAAUUCCACAACAGCUGCUGCAGUUACAUACGUCAAGACCCAUCCAGAAAGAUUACCAGCCAAAGAUGCAGAUCCAGUCCCAUUAUUACUCAUAGAUAUGGGAGAUUACUCCAUGAACGUCGCCAUUGCUCUUAUCAAGAAGGACUAUGUCAAAAUAGUCAGCUCUGCUUCCGAUCAGCAUCUUGGCGGCCAAAUUUUCACUGCGGCCUUUUUACCAUAUCUUCUUGAGAAGACACAAGAGAAAUACAAGAUUAACCCACGUGAUAACCCACGCUCAUGGUUAAGAUUCCAAGCAGCUGCUGAAAAAGUUAAGAAGACAUUAUCAGUAAAUCCAGCCGUUCAGUUCGAUGUUCCAUCACUUAUGAACGAUAUCGAUGUUACAUUUGUCAUCAAGCGCGAAGAUUUCAACGCAAGAAUUACAGAACUUGUUGAUCGUAUUCCAGAUACAAUUAACAAAGCUUUAGAGCAAGCAAACAUCAAGAAAGAAGACUUAAAUGUCAUAGAAGCCCUUGGCGGUGGUGCCCGUGUUGCAGCUGUCAAAGAUAAGAUUGUUGAAACACUUGGAAAAGAAUUUACACAAACAUUGAAUUUAGAUGAAUGUUUCGCCAUCGGAAGUGGCUACAUUGCCCAGAAAUUAACAGGAGAAUACAAAGAUCUCGAAGUUUACGAUGUUACUCCAUUCGAAGUCAAAUCCGAGUACACAGUUAACGGAGAGACAAAGACUGAACAAUUAUUCCCUCAGUUUUCGCAGAUUCCUUCAACAAAGACCUUCAAAAUCUCUGUAGAAGACAAAUCUUCUAUCAAAGUCUUCACAGAAUGCUGCCAGAUCGGAACAAUCGAUGUAAAUCUCGAUGGAAAGAGGGCUGAUGUCGAUAUCACUGUAGCAUUAAAUGAAUCUUCAAUGCUGGAAUUCAAAGAAGCAAAGAUUUCAGGGGAUAACUCAGAAAAUGUGGUACCAUCUGUCACUUUUACGAUAAAUGGUGACAUUUCAUCAGAAAAUCUUGACUUGUAUUCCAAGCUUGAAGAAGAAAUGACUGAGAAAGACAACAAAGAGAAACAGAUUGAUAACGCAAGAAAUGAUUUAGAGUCAAUGAUCUUCGAAGCAGAAAAUGGAAUCAACAGAGAUUUUCCAAACUCUUUUGAACCAUCAGAACUCACCAAAUUCAAGAAAGACGUACAAGAUAUCCAUGAUUGGUUCACGGAGAAUGAAUUCGACCGUCUUCCUAUCGAAGAAUACAAUACAAGGCUCGAUACAAUCAAGAAAACACUUGAACCUGUCAAAGAAAGAGCAAACAAAUAUAAGAAAUUGUUUGAAGACAUGGCACCUCUUAAAGAUAGAGCAAAUACAUGUUUGGACCUUGUAAAGACUGAUGCAGAUCGUGUUGAUCAUGGCGAGAAAGAGAAAUUGCAGAAAGAUUUACAGGAUUAUUUAGAAGAAUUAGAUAAAGCAAUGAACUCUCCUUUGUACGUUGAUCCAACGUUUUCUUCCAAAGAUUUCAUUGAUAAAAUGGAAGGACUCGAAAAGAGAAAAGAUACUCUCGAGAGAUUACCUCUUAAACCAAGGCCACAACCACAAGCUGUUCCUACAAAGAUAGAACAGCCUGAAUCAGAGUCAAGUGGCUCAAACGAAGAAAACAAUGAUGAAGAGGAAGAAGAAGAGGAAGAACAAAAUCAACAGCCAACAAUAAUUGGAAGAGAUUUCUGGGGAAGACCAAUUUACGGAACAGUUCCAAGACAACAACCAAAGAAACAGAUAAAGAAACAAAAGCCAAAACAACAGAAACAAACUUCUGAUUAUGUUGAUAACCCUGAAGAUUAUUAUUACGACAGAUUUGGAAAUAUCGUUGGUCGUAGAGCUCCUCAACAAAAAUCCCAGCCACAACAACAACAACAACAACAGAGAAGAAGACAACAAUCUCCUUUGCAACAACAGUUUUAUGAUGAUGAAGAUAAUGAUGAUAAUUACGGUUAUAAUGAUUACGGAAUGGAUCCACUUGCUGCAUUGUUUGGAGCUCCACAAAGAAAGAGACAACAACAGCAGAGAAUGCAGCCACAGCAACAGAGGUAUUAUCCACAACAAAGCCGUAGAAAUGACUUGAGAAGACAGAAUUAUUAUGACGAUGAUGAUGGUUAUGGAAAUGAUUAUCAAGAUGAUGAUGAUGAUGACUCUUAUCAGAUGCCACAAUCUGCAAGACGUCGUCAACAACAAGCACAGGAUCCUUACGAGUUGUAUCGCCAGCAACAAUUGGCAAGACAACAAGAGUUCGAACGCCGCAGACAGCAGCAAGAAGCUGAAGAAAGAGCACUCGCUGAGAAGAGAAGGAGACUUCAGGAAGAAGAAAGAAGAUACAGAGAACAGCAGAGACAAGAAGCUGAAAGGUUGAGAGAAAUGCAGGAAAGACAGAGAAGAGCUCAGUUGAAUAGAAGACGUGCUGGACCAGGAUUUGACUUCUGGCAACCACAGAACCAGUCAAAUGAUCCAUUCUGGGGUGGUGGAAGCCCAUUCUUCUUCUAA